CCAAAUACUAUAUUAGAGUCUUUACAAGAUAAUUUAGAUGGUGAUAUUCAGAUUAUUAAUAAUGAAAAUACAAAUGAUGGUAGUAGUAAUGAAAAAUUCAAUACAAAUGGAAUGAAUAGUAAUAUUACUAAUAAGAAAAAACAAUGUAAACGUAGACAUCGAACUACAUUUACCAGUCAUCAAGUUGAUGAAUUAGAAAAAGCAUUUAAAGAUGUUCAUUAUCCGGAUAUAUUUGCACGAGAAUUACUUGCUGUUAAAACUGAUCUUCCUGAAGAUCGAAUACAGGUUUGUAAAUGAUGAAUAUUUGAAUUGUUUCAUUAAUUUUCUUGUUACUCAACCAUCAUUAUAUCGCACAAUGUGUGUAUAGUUCUAUUCUAGCAUUCACACCAAUCUUGUACAUGUUUCUCAAUAUUUAUUAUUCUACAUCGACAGUAUAAAUAAUCGCUCAGCGUGAUGUCUUUAACCUUGUUUUAAUGAGCAUUUUUUUUUACAUCAGUUGGUAGAAAAACUGCAAUAACAUAUGUGUUCGAUUGGAUCAUUUUAUAUAUAUAUCAAUACGAACGUAUUAGAUUUAGUCUGUUAACUAAUUGACAUCAUUUUUUUGUGAAAUACGAUCUCAAAGGAGUAUUGAAGCAUAGAGAUAGAAAUUUAGAACUAUUCCCACAGACACUCAGGCAACCUAUCACAGACUUGGGCGACAGUAUUUUUUUAUCAUCAAAAAAAGAUACAUUUGAUUUCCAACUUUUUUCAGUAUUCAUUUCAUAUUAUUAUUUGCCAAUAAAGUGUAAGUGUUGCUCAAGACUGACGAUGGUCUCAUCCUGAUACUCUUUGAUGUCCUCACUCUCACUCUGUGGUGUUCUUCGCUGUCAAUCAGAUGAAUUAGUCAAGGGUAGGUACUUCUUCAGAUCAGUGAUACCGCAGCAUUCAGUCUUUGUUAUACUCUGCCAGUUAAAUGAUCAAUUAAUGUAUAGGCUGUGGUCGAUCUGGACAAGAACUAUAUUUUUAAAUGAAUAGUUAUUUUUUCUACAAAUACAUGCAUUU